AUGGCCGACCUCGGGCGGCUCCAAGGGGUGGUGUCGAACUACAGCACGCUGCUGGUCAACAGCCGCAACCUCGACUUCUUCACAUCCUUCUACCGUUUCAUCAUCCAGCUGCUGCCAGCCGCGGUGGUGGCGCCCCUGUUCUUCCAGGGCAAGAUCGAUUUCGGCGUCAUCAACCAGUCCCAGUCGGCGUUCAACCACAUCCUGUCGGACGUGUCGCUCGUUGUCUACCAGUUCGAGUCCCUCGCGGGCUUCAGCGCCGUCAUAGACCGCCUGGGGGAGUUUUCGGAGGUGUCAGAUGUGAAGCUCCGCCACGUGUUCACGAUCGAGGGGGAGAGCGGCGCGGCCGCCGCCAAGGUCGGCGAGGGGGCAGCGGUGGCGGCGGCGGCGGCAGCGGCGGCGGCGCCCGCCGGGCGGCGGACGGCGGCGUCGACGGAGGCGGCGGCGGAGGCGGGGCCGGGGGGCAUCACCAUCAUGCACAUGGGGCCGGUGGCGGGCGGGGGCGGCAAAGGGGAGCUGCUGCUGGAGCUUCGGGGGCUGUGCAUCAGCACGCCUGAUGGGUCGUCGAAGCUGGCGCAAGACCUGAACCUCGAGGUGCGGGCCGGCGAGUCGCUCCUCAUCGUGGGCCCCUCUGGCGCGGGCAAGACCUCUGUGCUGCGCGCCCUCGCAGGGCUGUGGCAGGCCGGCGGCGGCUCUGUCCUGAGCUACGGACUGCCCGGACUGGGUGACCCCGGCUGCCAGCCCGGCAGCGUGCUGUUCCUGCCCCAGAAGCCCUACAUGGUGCUGGGCUCCCUGCGGGACCAGCUGCUGUACCCUACGUGGAGCGAGCGCGGCAGCAGCAGCAAUGGCAACGGCAACGGCGCACCCAAGCACACGGUGCCGCCCCCCGGAGAGGCUCAGAUGGAGGAGGUGCUGCGGCGGGUGCAGCUUGGCUCGCUGCUGGACAGGUGCAGGGCGGCGGUGGCGGCGGCCGGCAGCAGCAGCAGCAACACCAGCGGCGGCGGCAGCGGCAUCAGCAGCGGCAGCAGCAGCAGCGACGGAGGCGAGGGCAACGCCGCCGGCGGCGGCACGGGCAUCAACGUCGGCGCCGGUCGCGGCAGUCCGCUGGACUGUGUCGCGGACUGGUCCCAGCUGCUGUCCCUGGGUGAGCAGCAGCGGCUGGCGUUCGCGCGGCUGCUGCUGACUGCGCCGCGGCUGGCGCUGCUGGACGAGGCCACGUCAGCCCUGGACACAGCCAACGAGGCCCUGCUGUACCAGGCGGUCCUGGCCAGCGGCACAACCCUCAUCAGCGUGGGCCACCGCCCCACGUUGGUGCGCUACCACCGCCGCGUGCUGCAGCUCGGGCCCCCACAAGGGCCCACAAUCGGCGCCACCUGGAGCAUCAGCAGCGCGGAGGAGUUUGCAGGUGCAGCGGCGGCGGCGGCGGUUGGGGCGUGA